AUGGCUAGAUCUCAUUCAAAUGAUCCGGAACUGGACGAUUUUUUGCAAAGAGUGGAGAACUUAGACUCACGAAGAACAAACAGGGGAUUACAGAAACCACCGCCAAUUAAACGCAAACCUAUCGAACUAACGUCCUCCUAUAAUGAUGAGAACGAAGAAGAUGAGGAUGGUAGCAUGGUUGAUGUCCCACUUAGUGAAGAUUCUGUUUCGAACCUAGCAUAUAGAUCAGCCUACAAUUACGAGAAGACUUUCUCACCCAAGAAGUCGAAUUAUUCACUAGAAGAUCUUGGUUUGCAAAAAUCACCCGAGAGACAAUCCAAGCAAUCAAUGAAAACGGCAGAGAGACAAGAAUCGAAAACCUUUACAGUGUCAGAAGAGGAUUAUUAUUUACUACAACGGUUAAAAUCAGGAAAAAUAGAAUUUGAUGAAAGGGAAGAACAUUUGCCCAGCAGAGGAAAACCCAGAGAAAAGAUACAACAUUCCAGGAGAUCGAAAAGGGAAGAUGAAGAAUGCGAAACUGAUUCAGAUGUACCUUCAUUGCCCCCAAGAAAACCCCUGCAUUUACGUGAUGAACCACUUAUAGGACAAAGAAAACAUACAGAUGUAUCGGAGUCCUCAAGUGAAGGUGAACCCCCAAGUUUGCCCACAAGACCUUCCGUGGUCAAAGAAACUGAAGAGCCACCUUCUUCGGGAGAAGACAUUAUUGAAUAUGAUUCGAAGAAGAUUUCUCUUGUAAACCUUAAACCCAAACCAGAGGUGAUCUCUAGAAGGACAACCAAGACAGGUGGAACAAAUGCUACAAAAACAAAACCAGAUCCUCCUAGAAAGCGUAUAGAUAGAAAGUCAGAUGACAUGCCAACUUCAUUCUUGACUUCUCUCGAGCAUAACAAAUUAACCACUUCCAAUGUCCAUGAAUUGAAUACAUCACCUAAGCUAGAUACCCGUCACAUUGAUUACCUUGAUUCUGUUCAAUUGAAAACGAACAGCUCCCCCAAGGUACCUUCCAGGGCAACAAAACCUGGCUCUAUUUCAAAUUACGGUUCACCAAAAAGAAUACCCAGAUCAGAAAGUUUCAUUAACUCAGCUUUGAAAUCAAAAAUCACAACCACCGCAUCCUCAUCGUCUCCGCCACAAGUUCCUAUAAAGAAACAUUCAAUAUCUUCUUUUGUAAACAAACCAGAGCAACUAGCCACGAAAACAUCUAAUGAGGAUGCAGAUGUUUCAGAUGAGUCGGAAACAUCUGCAUCAAAAUUGACAUUGAAUGCACUAGACGAGUCCAGACCAAAAGUUCCCACCAAGAAGAAGGAGCUAUUGGAUAUGCCUAAGCUUCGUUCUGUACGUGCGGAUCCUUCUCCAAAGUCAGAUGAAGUUGGAAACGACAAAAUAGAAAUGCCUAAAUUACGCUCUAAAGAUUCUUAUAAACCAGAAGUACCUAAAAGAAAACCUACAAUACCAGAAGCUCUCGCAAAAGCCCCAUUAUUGAAUAAGAUAAAACCCAACAAGGACAUUGAAGAAAAGGAGAAUCCAGAGGCAUUGAAGAAGUUGGGAGCCUUAAAGAAAUUAAACAAACCUCCUGUCCCCCAGCGGAAAAUAUCCCUUCCUGAGGCAUUAAAAAAAGCUCAAUCUUUAAGAGAGCGGAAGGAAGAGAUUCAGGAAACCAGCACAAAUUCGAGCACAUCCAGCAUAAAUGAUAGAUUAGAGGCUGUCAUUAUGGCCCGAAAAUUAAGAACCACUGUAUCCUCAGGAAGCCUACCGGCCACAAAGGGAUCGAGUGCAUCCGAGUUGAACAGACGUAGGACAACGCCCUCAUUUUCCUCUAGAUCGACAAUGAACUCGGACGAUUCCAGCAAGAGCUCUUUGACGCAUAUGAACAAGAAAAGAACUCGCGGUCCCAAGAGGAAACUCCCCACCAGCCUUAAGGCAUAA